AUGCCCAUCACAGGAGUGUACUUCAUCCCCUCAAACCCAAACGCCUCAACGGCCCUCCAAAUAGUAACAGAGCGUCUCCGUGCCGCCUUCCCAAAUGAAGAACUAACUCCAAUCGGUCGCUGGGGCCUGGAACAAAAGCUGCUCCGCGACACUCCAGGCCUGCUUCCUUCCUCAUCCUCAAAUAAAAAACCCCCAAACCCACGGUAUAUGCAAUUCCUCUCAUUAACCCACUACCCAACCCACGGCUUCAUCUACACAUCGGAGCCUGAGAAACCUGCACCAGAACCAAAUCAAAGCCAAAACCAAAGCUCACCAGGCGCUCCCGGCCCUGUCAAUGGCAUCGCGCCAGACCACUCCCCCUCCCCGCCAAUGGUCAUGACAACUAUUCCUCCCUCAUCAUACGGGACCCUCUUCCACCAUUUCACUUACGCUUGCCAGCCCUUUUGGUGCCACCGACUCACGUUAACUGUCCCGAACGGGAUCGUCUACGAGGUUGGUGACUUCCGCGUGCGUCUCGGCGACGUGAGACAGACGUUCCCGACGGCGCGGGUGCGUGGUACGGUUAUUGAGAUUGAGUGGCGUGGUCCGUCGGUUGUGGAGGCGAUCCCUCUAGAUCAGGAGGAUGGGUCAUUUAGUGCUGGUGUUGAUGCUGGCGCUGAUGGUGAUGUGGACGUUGAGACUGCGGGUAUCGACCUCGCUAGCUCUGCGAUUGAGGAGUCAGAUAUCGAUGCUGAGUAUGCGGCAACUGCGUCGCUGAUUCGGGAAUUUUGGGGGAGACUGGGUGUUGAGGCUCGGGAGGCGAUUCUUAUUCCGAAUGUUGGGAUGGAGGUUAAGAAUCGACUGAGAAGGUGGAAGAAGGCCGAGUCUGGGGUCGAUGCCAAGGUUGAUACCAUGGUUGAUGGGGCUGGCUCUGUGAUUGUUGAACGUGCUGAGGAAGAUCCUGAUCCAUGGUCUGGAACGGAUGUUGCGAGGCAGUUUAUGGAGGUUUUGAGGUUUAAUCGAUAG